AUGGCCCGCCAAGCUCCCAUUCUGGAUGAGUUUCUAGGCGGCAUAGCCGUUCAGAUCCAAAAUCGCGAUGGCGCGAAACUGCAGGAUUUUCUGCAGAUUGAGCCUCCCCUGUCAGAUGCCUACCAGCGCUUGAUUCAGGAGCUCCGCGAACGUUAUCCCCCGGGCCCUCAGAGCGAUUCGGAUCUUUUACAACGAUGUGAAACACUGGUACCGCGCACCAAGGGUGGUUCAUCAUGGACAGCGUUCCCGACCUUCAUGAAGCUCUACUUCACUUUCCUGCGCGAUGUAAAUACCGAUAAUCUGCUUGAUACCUACAACCAGCUCAAAGCACUACUGAAUCAAUGCGUUAUAGCGCUUGGUGACAGCCAGAUGGGGGUGAUUGUUCUUCCCACUGUCCUCUACCUGUCGAAAGUGUUAGCGAAGCUAGCAAUGGGAUUAGACCGCCGGCCGGAACUAAUCGCCCAUAUCUUGCGCAUCGAAGGAGCAAUGGACAAUGAUGAGAGCACUGAAAAAGUGACAUUGGUGGAACAGUCGGCAAAUGUAGUACGCGAAGCCUUCAUCAAGUGCUUGACAGAUCGCACUGGCACCCCGGGACCACAAGGAAAGCCCGAAGGGAAGCGUGUUGGGAUCUACCUCAUGGCCAACCUCUGCCUUAAACUCCUCUUUCAGUGUGGCAAGUUGCGAAAUGCUGAGCAAAUGUUUGCGAGCAUCACUGCCCAGUCUCCUCCUUUAGCCCAUUUUCCUGCCUCGCAGCGUGUGACAUACCUCUACUACCUCGGCCGUUACUUAUUCUCCAACAACCUCUUCUAUCCCGCUCUUAUCGCUCUUCAGGCUGCAUAUGAUCAAUGUCACCGCCAGGCUAUCAGCCAACGACACUUGGUUCUCGCCUAUCUGAUCCCAUGCAACAUUAUCAUGGGCCGAUUCCCGUCUCGGAAACUACUACAACGACCCGAGGCAAACGGAUUGACCGAUCAAUUCGAACAGUUGUGCCGAUUGAUUGUUCGUGGCGAUUACAUCGCUUUUCGAGAGUAUCUCUCCCCAAGUUCGCCCGCUGCCGAGUGGUUUGCCCGCAAGGGAAUCUUGCUCACACUCCGCAACCGAUGUGAGAUUAUGGUGUGGCGGUCAUUUUGUCGAAAGGUGUUCAUUCACAGUGGAUUCCAUGGGGACCCGCAGGCGCAGGCGCAGCGUGGUCCCCCGCCUUAUCUCUACCUCGAGAAAUUGACUGUGGCUACCCGGUGGCUCCAGUCACAGCAUCGUCAGACUCAACGACCGAACGGAAUCAGUCAUGCGACACCUGAAUUUCACUUUUAUGGUUCUCAGAUCAUUCCCGAGGCAAUUGAUCCCGACUUCGGUGGUCUCGACAGCUCUGAGAAUCCAACAGCACAGCAAUUAUUAGAAAAGUUUGGCGAUUAUCUAGCCCCGGACGGAUUUUUCGAUGAAGGGGGUCAUUGGCAUGACAACAUGCCCGGCCAGUUGAUUGAUGGCAAUCCAGGCGUUGAUUAUGAUGCGUUUGAGUUGGAUCCCUAUGCCGAGGCCACGGAGGAUGGCCCAGAAGCAGAUAAACAGUCUCUACUCAUGGAAGAGGUCGAAUCUAUUCUUGCCUCGCUUCUCACCCAGGGACUCAUGCGCGGGUACUUGACCCAUCGCAAUCCCCGUUUCGCUAUCCCUGGCGCUCGGUUGCGGGGUGCCUUGCCAACAGGCUUCCCCAACAUCUGGGAGACGAUCUUUGCUCGUGAGAAAGACGAUGAUAACGUUCCCGGAUGGGUACGACCUCCCCCACCAGGGCCAUUGGGCGCCGCUGGUGGUGGCCGAGUGGUGAAUCUGUCAGGAGCACGACCAGUUGGCGUACAAUAA